AUGUUUGAGGCAGCAGAAAAGAAGAUAGCUCUCGCGCUGCUUCAGGAACCCUAUGUUGGGGGGAUUGGUAGAGUGAGGGCCUACAAAGGGGUGAGAAUUUUCCAGUGCACGAACUCCGGUGACGCAGUCGUCAAAUCAGCUAUUGCUGUAUUUGAUGACGAAAUUGAUGUGAUUCAGCGCCCGGACCUGACCACUACGAAUAUUGUAGUGGUCAAAUUGAGAACCAGUGCCUGGGAAAUUGUAGUCGCUUCGUUCUACUUUGAGCCUGACCAAGCAAUCGAGCCGUAUCUGGAGCAACUAAAAGAGAUCAAGCUGAAAGCAGGGAACAACAAAAUUAUAAUAGGGGGGGACUCGAAUGCAAAAAGUACUUGGUGGGGCAGCUUGAAAGUCGAUAGUAGAGGUGAGGAGUUGGCGGGAGCGCUUGAAGAGAUGGACAUGCAGAUACUGAAUGUAGGAGAUACCCCUACAUUUGACACAAUACGGGGAAAUAAGACAUACUCCAGCUUUGUUGACAUCACGGCCUGCUCAGCGGAUGCGCUGUCUCUGGUGGAGGACUGGAGGGUAGACGACAGCAUGACAAGCUCAGACCACAACACGGUAAUGUUUAAAGUGAGGUUAUUAAAAUCAAAGGGAAUCGAUAUAAGUAGAACUACAAGAAGGGCGAAAGUCAUCUCAGAGUACCUAAAACAUAAAGAAAUAUAUGAGACCGAGGUCGUCAAGGCUCAAACUGAGAGCUGGAAGGCGUUUUGCGGGAGGCAGGACAGAGAGGGGGUUUGGGAGGGAAUAUACAGGGUAAUAGGUAGAACAAGGAAAAGGGAGAAAGACUUACCUUUGGAAAAGGACGGUCGUAAGCUCAAAGCUAUAGAGUCGGUAGCACUGCUCGCUGAAACCUUCUAUCCUGAGGAUACGGAGGCCAGUGACAACGAUGAACACCGCUUAGUAAGAGCAAGAGCAGAGAGACCCAUUGUAGCAAUCCAUGGUGACGUAUGGGAUCCCCCUUUCACCUUGGCCGAGCUGCAAACAGCUACCCGAUCCUUUAAUCCCAAAAAAGCCCCUGGCGCCGAUGGAUUUACAGCGGACAUCUGUCGACACGUAGUCGAACAUGAUCCCACCCUGUUCCUCAGUCUGCUGAACAAAUGUCUGCUGCUGCACCAUUUUCCUGCAGCCUGGAAAGAGGCAACUGUGGUAGUGCUCCGCAAGCCGGGGAAAAGUACUUAUACCCACCCAAAAUCGUACAGACCUAUAGGCCUAUUACCAGUUCUAGGUAAAAUCUUAGAAAAAAUGUUAGUCACACGAUUAAAACAUCACCUGCUGCCAAGGAUGAGCCUCCGACAGUAUGGGUUUAUGCCCCAAAGGAGCACCGAAGACUCCCUCUAUACCCUCAUACAGCACAUUCGACAUAAGCUGGACGAGAAAAAGAUUGUAGCACUAGUGUCUUUGGAUAUAGAGGGAGCCUUCGAUAGCGCUUGGUGGCCGAAAAUUAAAACACGACUGGCGGAGGAGAAAUGCCCCUUAAAUCUAAGGGGCCUCCUCAAUAGCUACAUGUGUGACAGGAAGGUCCGGGGAUCCAUCGGUGGCCCAAUUCUCUGGAACCUGCUUCUCGAUCCACUCCUGAAGCAUCUGGAGGGCAGAGGGGAUUAUGUGCAAGCUUUCGCAGACGACGUGGUUUUGGUUUUUGAUGGUGAAACAGGCUUAGAGAUUGAAGGACGCGCAAAUGCUGCACUCGAGCGUGUCGGUGCGUGGGGUGUCGCAAACAAAUUGAUCUUCGCACCACAUAAAACGCAUUCAUUGAUCAUAACGCGUAAGUUGAAAUAUGACGCCCCGCGCCUUAGCAUGGGCGGGAUCGGCAUCAGCGUGUCCCGAGAAAUAAAACUAAUGGGGGUCAUCAUUGAUGACAAGCUUACUUUUAAUGCACACGUAGCCGGAGUAUGCAAAAAAGCAACCGGGGUAUAUCACCAACUGUCUCGCGCUGCCAAAAUUAACUGGGGCCUCCACACAGAGGUAAUCAAAAUCAUCUACACCGCGGUAAUAGAACCUAUAAUCUUGUACGCCGCCAGCGUAUGGGCACCGGCUGUAAGCAAGCUAGGGAUACAGAAAUCCCUCAACACUGUCCAACGAGGAUUCGCGCAAAAACUGUGCAAGGCAUAUCGUACCGUCUCCCUGAACUCAGCUUUGGCGUUGGCUGGGAUACUGCCUCUCGAUCUUCGCAUCCGCGAAGCAGCUUCAUUGUAUGAAGCAAAGAGAGGGGUAGCGCAGCCGAUGCUUCGGGGCAGGGAGGUGGAACGAAUGAUCUCGGCAUUGACAUCUCCGCACCCUGCCGAGCGCAUGGAGCUGGAGAUACAAUGCCUGGUGGACCAGGAACAGGUAGACUUAAACAGCGAUUUUGAUUUACGCAUCUACACCGACGGCAGUAAGAUUGACGGUAGGGUCGGGGCUGCGCUAUCCUUAUGGGAAGGCGUGGCAGAGACCAAGGCCCUCAAGCUUACAUUGUCGCCGGUUUGUACCGUCUACCAGGCGGAGCUUCUAGCUCUAUGUAGAGCAACACAUGAGGCUGCUGAGCACAGGGCAAAAAGUGUUGGAAUUUAUUCUGACUCUUUGUCGGCGCUUCAAACAACAGCAAAUUGGAACGCCCUCCACCCCCUGGCUGUCGAAGCACGAAAGAACUUGCGGAAGGCUUUGCUUCGGAGCAAACGUAUAAGUUUGUUCUGGAUCAAGGCCCACGCAGGAUUAGAGGGAAAUGAAAGCGCCGACAAACUCGCCAAAGAAUCCGCGUUGAGAUCAAAAAGAAGACCUGACUAUGACCUGUGCCCAGUUUCCUUCGUCAAGCGGAGCAUAAGGAUGGAAUCGCUUGACGAAUGGAACCACAGGUAUAGAGGAGGUGAAACAGCCGGAGUAACAAAAAUCUUCUUCCCUGAUGCGCUGACGGCGUACAGGGUUAUCAAGAAGAUAAAUAUUGAUGGGGUGACGACGCAAAUGCUCACAGGGCAUGGUGGCUUCUCUGAGUACUUGCAUCGUUUCAAGUGCAGAGAGAAUCCAUCAUGCAUCUGUGAGCCCGGAAAACCAGAAUCAACCUGGCAGUCGACCCAAACUUCUGAAGGCAAAGAAAGAUAUAAAAUAAUAAAGAAGGAGACUAAGAAAAUAGUGGCAGUGGAGCGCGCAGAUUCCUUAAAGACCAUGUACGAGCAACUGGAAACAGAAGAAGGUCAAAAAUGUAUAUUUAAGCUCGCUAAACAGCAUUGUCGGAAUGCGAGGGAUCCCACUAAAUGUAGGACUGUUAAAGAUCCAAAUAAUGAGCUAUUGUAUAUGGAUAAUGAUGUUAAAAUGGCGCUAGAAAAGAUGGCCAACAAGAAAGCCACGGGUCCUGACGGUAUUCCAGUGGAAGCUUGGAAGUGCCUUCCCGAAAAUCGAAUCGUAACGCUCAUCAAACUCUUCAACUGUGUGUUGCGCUCUUCCAAAAUGCCAGUGGCGCGGAGAUUGAGUACCAUAGUUCCUAUUUAA